CCUACAUCAAUCUAAUCUACAUUCCAGGUUUCCCCCAUUUGCCCUGUUUUGUAAUAUGUUCAUAUGCUGUUAUUUCAUUUUUCCUGACUUUAAAGUUAAUCUAUAUCUUCAGAAGAAGUGUUCUUACAAGUGUUGGGAAUGGACCUUGGAGCUUCUCUUGGUGUCCCCAGUGUUCAAGAGCUGGCUAGGAGCUUGAAGGACGUACCAGAUAGGUUUAUACGUCCUGAACUCGAGCUGGAUAUCGUUAGUAAAGAUGAGUCAGUUCCAGUGAUGGACAUGAGCAAGCUGGUUGGCGGUCGUGAUGAUGAAGAAGAUGAAUUGGCUAAGCUUCAUGCGGCUUGUAGAGAUUGGGGAUUCUUCCAGGUGAUCAACCAUGGAGUCGCGGAGGAGGUGAUUCUGAAAAUGAAGGCGGAUGUUCAAGAGUUCUUCAGGCUGCCUCUGCAGGAGAAAAUGGAAUAUGCACGAUUGCCUGAUGACAUCCAACGAUAUUCGGCGUCGCACGUGGUACCAAGAGGGCGAAAGCAAGAUUGGAGCGACUUUCUCUACAUUUUCCCACAACCUCGAGAUGGAAGAAACCUGAGGUUUUGGCCAAGAGUUCCCAUUUCUUUCAGGGAAACUCUGAACCAGUAUUCAACAGAGAUGGAAAAGCUGAAUACUGCCUUGCUGAGUUUCAUGGCAAGGAACCUGGGACUCGAGCCAGAAAAGCUGCAAACUUUGUUCGAAGGUGGUCGUCAAGGUGUAAGAACGAACUAUUAUCCACCAUGUAAGCAACCAAACAAGGUUCUUGGUAGCUCCCCGCAUUCGGACCUUGCUGGAUUGACAUUGUUGACUCAAGUGAAUGAAGUACAAGGUUUGCAAAUCAAGAGAAACGGGAAAUGGAUUCCCAUUGAUCCCAUUCAAGAUGCUUUCAUCGUUAAUGUUGGCGAGAUGAUUGAGAUCAUGAGCAAUGGAGAAUACAAGAGCAUAGAGCAUAGGGCAGUGGUGAAUCCUGAAAAGGAGAGGCUGUCCAUUGCAACAUUCCACAACCCAAACUCUAACGCUGUGAUUGGACCUUUGCCAGACAUUCGCGGUAAGGAUGGGAAGAAGCAAGCACCAAAGUACAAAUCCAUGCCGUACCUGGAAUAUAUGACAGAACGACUUCGUCAAAAGAAAAAAGUUUAUGAUGAGGAGGGAAAACCCGAAAACCCCGCUCAUCAGAUGAAGUUACAUACCGAAGCUGCAUAGUCAAUUCAAGCCCCUCUAUGGUCAAAAAGUAGCUGCAAAGUGUCAAAUUAUGGCAAAUGGAAGCCUGUUGUUUCAGAUUGAGAAUAUCACCAUUAGUAGUCCGGAUUCAGACUCUGAAACCCAGUAUCAUAUCUAAGCAAAAGAUUGCAACUUUAAUUAGAAAUCACAAGGAGUCCCAAUCUGCAGCAGUCUAAUGACGACCUUGAAAUCUUUCUGAGUCAUGGUUUGAGGAAGGUGGAUGUAGGGGUGUCAAUCGGUGUGGUUACGAUUAUUCUGUCCCGUUUAGUGUGGUUAUUCAUAUCCAUUUAAGGAUGGAUUUGCUAACCACACGUCCCACACUAUAUGUUGUUGGUGGUUACCUAUUAACCGUAUAAUGUGGGUAACAGUUACCCGCGAUUAAUCCGUAAAACUCACAUUAUCUAAUUACUAAGAAAAAAAAAGAAAACAAACAUAGAAAACCUUAAAAAAGACCUUCAUUUUUUAUAUUACCAUCCAAUAACACUAAGAAAUAAACGAUACAUAUAAUGCAUGAGUUGAUAACUGGAAAUACUAUAUUAAACUAAGCAGUAGGUAAAUAUAUCAUGUAUAGCUCCAGACUCCGGUGAAUCUUCUGUCUUCACUCAUCCUCCUUUACUCUUUGACAGCGGCAACCCUAUUCCCUAGCUGAAACUUGAAAAGAACCCGACGAAAUUUACAUUUGGAGCAGGCUUAGCUUGGAUAUGGUAAACCUUUUGGAUUUUGCUACGGUGACAUGAUAUGGUAAAUCUUUUGGAUUUUGCUACGGUGACAUGCAUGUCACCGUGACAUGGAUUUUUCGGUCGACCUAAUUCUAAAGGCGGUCGACCGAAUUGACUAAUUUGGGCAGCACAAGAAAGCAUUGCGGUCGACCUAAUCCUAAAGGCGGUCGACCGAAUUGACUAAUUUGGGUAGCACGAGAAAGCAUUGCGGUCGACCUCAAUUCAUAGCAUAAUUGAUGAGUCCUUGUUAUCAUUAUUUAUGACUAGUUAUGAUGGUUUAAAGCGUAAUUUAUACGAGCAAAAGAACCACACAAAUCGACAUACAUAAGCAAAAAAGACAUGGGGCAUAGGUUGACUUUCUUGUAUUCGGUCGACCUCGACACCAACACUUGAUCUUCAUUUUACGUCAAAUGAUUGGCUAAAUUGAUAGAACACUUAUCGUCUAUCUGGUCGACCUCUUUCUUUAUCUGGUCGACCAUGUUGUUAAUGACUGCCAUCAAGUGGUCGACCUAUAUACCUUUACGGUCGACCAUGUUGUUUCUGACGCCAACAAAAUGGUCGACCGAGGUUUAUUCUGGUCAACCAAAAAUAACAACUUAAGCUAAGAACGGUCGACCAGGUGGUCUUUGAGGUCGACCGCAAUGCUUUCUCGUGCUGCCCAAAUUAGUCAAUUCGGUCGACCGCCUUCAUGAUUAGGUCGACCGAAAAGUCCAUGUCACGGUGACAUGCAUGUCAUAGUAGGCAUACCCAAAUCUUUUUUGGGUUGGUUAGCUUAUGCGGUUAUUUAAGCGGUUAACAAAACGAGUAUCUCUUGUUCGAUAAAAUAGGUCAUAUUACUAACCGCGCUCAUUUAAGAACGAUUAACCACUAACCGCACUAUUACGGUUUGAUUGCGGUUAACUCAAAACCCAGUAACCGUUUGACUAGGGGUGUUCAAAUGGUUACCAUGGUAAUUAUCAAACCAAAUAAAUAUAAAUUCUAUUAACCAUGGAAUACAAUAUCAUAACCACACCGUUCAAACUAAUACAAAAACCAAAUUAACCAAACUAAAGUUUAAUUGGUUUGGUUAAUUGGUUAACCAAAAUAACCAAUAUACCACCACAUUAUCAUUAAGUGAGAAAAUUUUCUGGUUAGUGCAUCGAUUUGCAAUUUAUAAUGAAUAACACAUAACAAU